AGGUGUCCACCUGGUUCGCCAACGCCAGGAGGAGACUAAAGAAGGAGAACAAGAUGACCUGGGCCCCUCGGAACCGUACCGACGAAGAGGGAAAUGUGUACAGCAGCGAUCACGAGGGGGAGGAGGGGGACAAGAGGGAGGACGAGGAGGAGAUCGACUUGGAGAACAUCGACACGGAAAAUAUUGAGAACAAGGACGACUUGGACGACCAGGAUGACCUGCACUCAGAUAUGAAACUCGACGGGAGGAGUGACUCUGAGAUUUCUGACGGCUAUGAGGAUUUACAAGGGCCCGACCAGAGGUUUCUAAAGGCUGUGGGGAAAGACGGCAAAGAGGUGGAGAGAGGAGGAGAGCACUUCCACAGCCACCACCACCACCACCACCAUCACUCUUCUUUGGACACCAAAGCGUCCCAAGCGAACGGAGAACAGCUCAAACUGAACCCGGUGUCCGUUAGUUCACCCCCCUCAGAAAACAGCCCUGCCCCCGCUCAAAAGCCAAAGAUCUGGUCUUUGGCAGAGACAGCCACGGCCCCUGACAAUCCGCGCAAAUCGCCACAAAUGAACGGCAGCAACUCCGCAGGGCCGGCCGCCCAGACCCUUAUCGCUCCUCAUAGACUCAUCUCUUCUUGUCCCGUUGGGAAAAUCCAGAACUGGACGAACCGAGCCUUCUCGGCGCAUCAGCUGGCUUUACUGAACUCAAAUCAUUAUCUGGGACUGGCAAACCAGGCCACAGCCACCGGCCUGGCCCUCUACAGCAGCAGGCAAACGGAGGACAGGAGUCAUAGUUCAGAGACUUCAGUCACAGGUACAUGUCCCCGACACUGAGACGCGCAUGUAUAAAUAACUACAAAAAACAACAAAAGACACUAGUCAUUGCCCAUCAUUCAUUUCUAUUACUUUAGACCUCCCUUUGCCUUCUUUGCCUCUCCAUGGAUUUUUUUUUCUCUCUUUAGGCCACACAGAUGAACAGUGUUACAAUGUUAUAGCUUACAGAAUACAGCUGUGCGUGAAGUAUGACUGCGUGUGAGGUGUGUGUAGCUGCUUUGAAAAAUGUCCGAGAGGAUUGUGAAAACCUCGUGAGAAAGCAUUUAAGA